AUGUUACCUCCGAGCAAGUUCGAGCUCUGGUUUCGCAUCGUUUGGGCACCGACGACGUUGAAGUUGUGCGUUGGGUUGAACAGCAGCGUGAAAGAUAAAGCGAUGUCUAAUUCGACCUGGCCCAGAGGAAUACUGUUUCGCGAGUUCCAGGACAAUAGAUCAUCCCAAAAUUUUUGGAAACCUCGUCUGACACCGAAUCGUACCGACGUAGUUCCAGCCAACACUCCCACCAACGUUUCGUCACCGGUGGAAGAGUACCGCAUGAUGGAGUCCGCACCUCGCGGGGACGAUACAGCACAGCCCGCUUCAAACGUCCUCGUGUAUUAUCAAAAUGUUGGUGGUAUUAACAGCUCUGUCGCGGAAUAUCAGCUGGCCCUUAGCGACGGGUGCUACGACGCUUACGCUUUCACCGAGACCUGGCUGAACGAAUGCACAUCAUCUAGCCAGUUGUUUGACGAUUCGUUUUCUGUAUAUCGACAAGACCGGUCACUCUUGAACAGCAACAAGAUCGCCGGAGGCGGUGUUUUAUUGGCUGUGCGCUCCAGAUUCAAAUCCCGCUUGGUAAGUCCACCGAACAGUUCAUCGGUUGAGCAAUUAUGGGUUGCCAUUUCAACCGAAGGUGCGACCAUUUUUGUUUGCGUCGUUUACAUCCCUCCCGAUCGAAUCAACGAUGCAGGUGUGAUUGAGACGCAUAUCAAUUCACUCAAUUGGGUGGUGUCGCAAAUGAAACCUAAAGACAAUGUCGUCAUUCUCGGAGAUUUCAACUUGAGCUCGAUUGCUUGGCAGUGUAGUUCUGUGGGGUUUUUCUUUCCGUGUACUACUCGCUCUUCGAUGGGCCAAACAUCGCGUGAGCUGCUUGACGCUUAUAGCACCGCUGGACUCAGACAGAUGGUUGGAGUUAAAAAUGAAAACAAUCGUUCAAUCGACCUGUGCUUCGUUAGCGAAGAACUAGGGGUGAAUUGCUCGGUUAUGCAAGCACCAGAUCCGCUCGUUAAAAUUGGUAGACAUCAUCCGCCUCUGCUGUUGAACCUUGAAGUGAAUCCCUAUAGAUGCUUUCACGAAACCUCAGAAAGUAUCGCCUAUGACUUCAGUCGAGCCAAUUUCGAUGAAAUGAAUAAUUUCCUGGAACGCGUAGACUGGAAUGAGAUUCUUAGUGAAUCCGAUGCUAACCUCGCCGCUUCGACUCUGUCCGGAGUAUUGCUCUAUGCAAUCGACCAGUUUGUUCCAGUUUCUUCUAAGCGGGAGCCUGCUAAACCGGCUUGGUCAAAUGCUGCCCUCAAAAAUCUCAAAAGAGCUAAACGAGCAGCUCUAAGGCGCCACUGUAAAUUCCGUACGGACACCACGAGAGCAUGUUAUCUGGAAGCGAAUACUGCAUACAAGCACCUCAACGAUAGGCUCCAUAGCGCCCAUCUAAGCCGAUUACAAAGCCGGCUGAAAACUAAGCCCAAGAGCUUUUGGCGUCACGUCAACGAUCAACGGAAAGAAUCUGGUUUGCCGUCCACGAUGACUGAUGGAUUGCAGGAAGCUGAUACUACCACCGCUAUAGUCGACAUGUUCCGUUCUCAAUUCAGCAGCGUCUUCGUUAAUGAGGAACUUGACCCGCAGGAUGUAGCCAACGCAGCACAGAAUGUGCUCAGCUUUCCAACAUCUGGAGUGCAGUUCGCUAUCACCAACGAUGCCGUAAUUGCCGCCGGUAAAGAUUUGAAGUCCUCCACCGGAUGUGGUCCGGAUGGCAUCCCUUCACUCGUUAUUAAACGUUGUAUGAGCUCCCUAGCCGUGCCGCUGACUACCGUUUUCAACCUUUCCCUGGAGACCGGUAUUUUCCCCAACUGCUGGAAGCAGUCGUACGUUUUUCCCGUUUUUAAGAAAGGCUGUAAAAGAACUGUAUCAAACUACAGAGGUAUUGCUUCUUUGUGCGCCACAUCGAAGUUGCUGGAGUUGAUCGUUUUAAACCAGUUAGUCCAAGGUUACGCACAUUAUAUAUCUGAGGAUCAGCACGGAUUCGUUCCAAAACGAUCAACGACCUCCAACCUGACGUGCUUUACGUCCUACCUGAUACGCCAGUUUCAAAGCGGCCAUCAAGUUGACGCCAUCUAUACCGACCUUUCUGCCGCCUUUGAUAAAAUGAAUCACCAAAUCGCUUUGGCCAAAUUUGACAAACUAGGCAUGAACAACAACCUCCUCAUCUGGCUUCGAUCCUAUUUGACCGGACGCAGUAUGUCUGUGAAAAUUGGUGACUACGUCUCUUCACCGUUCACGUUGGUACGUUUCGCUCUUGGCGGCAACACACGUCCGUCCACCGAGUUCAAACAAUCGUUCACGUAA